AUGAAUGACUUCGACGACUUCCUCAAUGCAGAUGAGGAUGAGGAAGAACGGCACUUGGCCAAGCCAAAGAGCCAAAAGAAGGGUGGUAGCCCCUCCUACAGGGGUGCUGGACACUAUGAUGGCCAUGUCAACUAUGGCUUUGGCCGCCGACAGUCAGAUCCCUACAGCUUUGACCUGCCGGAUCAUUUGCCGGUUCCUAAAGUUAAGAAGGCAGAGAAGAUUCCAGGCCGCCAGAAGGGUGAGCCAGCCUCUUCUCCAUCCGUGCGCAGUGUGGGGCCCGCACGGGAGCGUAGCUCGCUCAAAGGCGGAGUGACGCCCUCAGCAAAGUCUGAGCCCGCGAAGCUGCCGUCACCUUCAGUGCGGUCAGAAUCGAGCGAAGCAAGUGUUAGCGAGACUGGGUCACCAGGCCAGAUCUCAGACUUUGCCAAGAUGAAGGCUGACUUUGACAAGAUCUCAGAAGAGCUCAAGAAGCAAGAGGAAGAAAGAGAGAGAAAGAAAAAGGAGGAGGAGGAGCGCAGGAAAGAAGCUGAGGAAGCAAGGAAGAAGGAGGAGGAAAAAAAGAAAGCAGAGGCUGAGGAAGAGAGAAAACGUGAAGCAGCAAAGUUAAAGGAGGAGGAGGAACAAAAAAAACGGGAAGAGGAGGAAGCAAAGCAAAAAGAAGAAGAGAAGAAGAAACGUGAGGAAGAAGAAGCCAGGCAAAGAGAGGAGGAAAGAAAGAAGAAGCGCGAGGAAGAGGAAGCAAAACGUAAAGAGGAGGAGAGAAUGAAACGUGAGGAAGAAGAAAUCCGACAAAGGGAGGAGGAAAGAAAGAAACGUGAGGAGGAGGAGAAAAGAAAGAAAGGUGAGGAGGAAGCAGUACGGAAAGAAGAGGAAAGAAAGAAAUGUGAAGAAGAAGAAGAGGCACAGAGGAGGCAGGAAAAUCGAGAAGAAGCAGAGGCAGCAGAGGCAAAGCAACAAGAACACGCACGCAAGAAGAAAGAAGAGAAAGAGGCAGAAGCAGCACGAUUGGAAGAGGAGAGACAAAAUCAGUUGAAGCAGGAUGCCCUGAGCUCGCAGAAUUUGCAGGUGCGCGAGUUGCGCGAGGCAAAGAUGAGACAAGAGGAGUUGAAAAGAGAAGCGCAGGACCAGAUGUCAGCAGCAGCUCACCAGGUGGCAGAGGCAAACAGCGAACAGGCAAUUCUAUCGCUGCGUGUGGCCUCGCUGAUGCAGGAGCUGGCUUGCGUUCGCGAGGAACGAGACACUCUGAAGGAGGACCUGGGGACCAUCUCCAGGCUCAAGCAGGAAGAAGUGGCUGAUAGGCAACUACAAGUUGCGGCCGAGGCAGACGCAAACCCUGCCAGCAUGCGCCGCGUUGCUGAGCUUGAGCUUGAGCUGGCGUCUGCAAAGGAGUGUGCUGACGAAGUUUGCCGGGAAUUGGAAUGCUGCCGAGAGGCCAAGCGACAGCUCGAACGAGAAAUCAUUGCCAGACCUCGAGCCGAAGCGGAGAUCCACCCAGAGCUUCAGCAAGCGGAGGCCAAGUGUGCGUUGGCACAAUCUGAGCUUGCAGGUAUGCAAGAAAAAAUGCGAUACUACGCACAAAGCCAGCAAGAAAUGGAAGAAGAUCGUCGCCAAGUUGUCCAUUUGGCCGAGGAGCUUCGCUCUGCAAAGAGCGAAAUGGCGCAGGCUUUGCAACUUGAUGAGCAGCUCAUGAGAUCACAGAUUGAGAACAAGAAGCUUCAGGAUGCCCUGAGCUCGCAGAAUUUGCAGGUGCGCGAGUUGCGCGAGGCAAAGAUGAGACAAGAGGAGUUGAAAAGAGAAGCGCAGGACCAGAUGUCAGCAGCAGCUCACCAGGUGGCAGAGGCAAACAGCCAGCAGGCAGAACUAUCGCAACGUGUGGCCUCACUGAUGUGGGAGUUGGCCGGCCUUCGCGAAGAACGAGACACCCUUAAGGAGGACCUGGCUUUAGCGACGCCUGCAAAAGGUGAGAAAGUGAAGAAAGAGGAGCAAAGCACUGAAGGCCCAAUGUCUGUGAUUGUCAGGAUGCAAGGAGAGCUGGACAUGGCCGAAAAAAUGUUACGCGCGUGUGAAAAGGAAAAUGAGAACUUGGCCCAGCAAAACCGCCAGCUUCGUCAAGGGGCCAGGCUCAAGAGGGAAGAAGUAGACGACAGGCAGCUACAACUUGUAGCUGAGUUGAAUGCGGCCAAAGCUGAGGCAGAUGCAAACCCUGCCAGCAUGCGCCGCGUUGCUGAGCUUGAGCGUGAGCUGGCGGCUGCAAAGGAGCGUGCUGAUGAGCAUGGCCGGGAAUUAGAACGCUGCCGAGAGGCCAAACGACAGCUCGAACGAGAGAUCAUUGCUGGACCUCGAGUCGAAGCGGAGAUCCACCCAGAGCUGCAGCAAGCGGAGGCCAAGUGUGCAUUGGCACAAUCUGAGCUUGCAGGUAUGCAAGAAAAAUUGCGAUACUACGCACAAAGCCAGCAAGAAAUGGAAGAAGAUCGUCGUCAAGUUGCCCAGCUGGCCGAGGAGCUUUGGGCUGCAAAGAAUGAAACUGCAGAGCUGCGGCGGCGGCCAGGGCUCAAGGAGGCCAGCAGGAAGAUUGCGGAGCUCCGGCGUCAGAACGAGGAGUUAAAUGAAUGUUUGCGGAAGCGGCAUCCUGACAGCUUGUUGUCGCUCAUUAAGGCCUGUGAGCCGGCACCGGAGGAGAAACGGGAGCUCCGGCACCUGCAAUCUCGGGUCACAGAGCUAGAGGCACAGCUACAGGAACGUGAUGCUUUGUACGACCGCCGGAUCAGGGGCUUGCGAGCACAGUAUGAUCACAUGCGGCAUGAGUAUGAGCGGAGAGCUGAGACAAAGAAGGGCACUGAGACAAGACUAAGCACCGCAGCGGACGUGGAGAGACGUGCGGGGCCAGACCAUGAGGCGGUUCUUCAAGCGCGGAUCAAGGAUUUGGAGAGGCAAGUGGAGCACACAAAGUCCUACUAUCUGACAAAAUUGAGAAAGAGGGAACCAUUGGUACCUCCUUGGAAGCCUGCAAAAGCCAGUGGCAGCGAGACACGUGUCCAGCAGCUUCAACAUCAGCUGCAAGAGCGUGAUCAACGGAUUGCAGAACUGUUGGCCGCCAAGGCUCCUCCAGGACCUGCAGGAUACCCUCCUGGACUGGCCGCCUCUCCUCAAUAUCCUGCACCUCCUGCCUCAGCCCCUCUUUCAGCUUCUGCUCCAGUGGCUUCAAACUUCUUGCGACUCUUCAUGGCAUCUCCAGAAGGCUCAGCAUUGGCGGCGCUUUGUUCUGCCCUGCACUGGCUUGCGCAGACCACGCGCAUGGAUCGAUUUCAAGAGGUCACUUCAUACAUCGAGAUGGUGCUCCCGAUCUUCGUGGCAGCAGAGUCUGCGGCCAAAGGAUCCAUUUCUGGCGAGCCGGUACAAGCCGACAUAUCCUACGGCACCCAUACGGUACUGCUUCAACAGCAUGAUGCACUGCGGCUAGAGAUGCCAUUGCUCCCCAGCAGCGUUUGGGGUGCCUAUCGCCAUGGCUUGCAACGCUUGGCACACUUGGCAUCCCAAGCAAGCCUGGGGGGCAGGCCAAAGCUGCAGCUCCUCGAGGCGAUUGCCGAACUGCGGAUGGCCGUGGAGGCAGUGAUCCAGAAGCUCUUUUGCCCCAUGGAAGGCAGCCUUCAAGGCCAUGGCCUCGAGUCUAUUGCGCCGAGGCUGUCACUGGAGGCAGCAAGGGAUGACUUGCAGGGACUACGUGAAGACGAGGCAGCUAUCAACAUGUUGCAAGAUGCAGAGGCUCAAGCGGGCUUGGACCAUCGACUACCCUGGGGAGAGCUCCUGGCUGUCCUAGCCCGAUCGGGUGUCUCGGAGCAGUGCUUGGAACUGUGCCGCUCCGCUGCGCGGCCGGACUUCAGUGUUUCCCUCUCGGAGCUCCAGCAUGUAUGGCAAGGCGCAGCGGAGAGACCAUUCCAAGCUGCUGGACUUUUCAAGGCCCUGGCUCGAAUCCGCCUUGCCAUCUCGAGGGACUUUACUGCGCUUCAGCAGCUGGACCGUGAUGCACCAUCUGUGGCUGGAUUUUUUCCUCGAGGAGACUUCAUGGAAGCUUUGCGGGCUUUGCCGUGUGCAUUGUCCUUGGAAGAAAGGCAUCAGAUUGCCUCCCUUUUCUCUCCGGCAGGUGAUGCACGCCAUGUAUGCUAUCCACUGUUUUUGCAGAGUGUGAUGCCAGAGAGACUGGAGGCAGAAGCGCGACUUCCAAAGGGAGAUGUACGUGUGGAGGAAGAAUGGCCUUUACGCCUGGAAGAAGCCCAGGCAGAAAGCCGCUCUCUGAGAGAUCACCUUCGCCAACAGGAGGCUCGCUCGGCAGAACAAGCCCGUCAUAUUGCAGCCUUGGGCUCAGAUGUACCUGCUCAAGCUGUGCGGCGCCUACAGGGUGAAGUCGCCCUUCUCGAAACCAAAGUGCUAGAGCAACAGGCGACGCAAGCUGCAGCAGCCCGAAAGUCUGAGAUUGAAUUAAGGGCAGACCUGGACGUGAAGAGCCAUGAGGUUCUCAGUCUCAGGAGAGCUUUGGAAGCGCGAGACAGCGAGGUGCGUCGCUAUCAGAUGGAACUGGAGGCUAUCAUCAUAGAGCUGAAUGAUCUGCGAGGGAGCUAG